UUUUCCUCCGUUGCUCUUGUGGUUCUCUCUCUUCCCUCCGCUGCCGUCAAUGAACGCUCGGAGCCUCUUUAACAUAUUCAGACCCACGUCAUCCAGCAGAAGGUGGAUCAUGCGUCAACCUUUUCUAUAAAUGCGCUCGCAGUCCGCGCGCCGUGGAGGAACAGACCCCAGCAGUCUGAGGACACAAGGACACUGGUUUAAAGAGAGGAGAACAGACAGAAGGAGGAGUGUGCAUCACUGCAGAAAGAAAGUGACCUGAGACCCAGUGUGAAACAAAGCACCUUGUCUUUGGAGAAAAGCGCACAGAGGAGGAGGAAAAACGCACUGAGGUCGGACUGGGGUGGAAGACCUGCGCACCCGCCGUCGGACACUGUUUGGACAGACGCGCCAUCCUUUUUACGCACGGGACCACAGGUGGAUGCUGGGAAGCGGACCGGCUCGGAGGAGGAGAUGUUCCCCCUGGCCCAGUUCGGUGUGCUGUCGGCCCUGGCCACGGCGCUCACCUCGGUCCUGUCCGCGGUCCUGCUGCUGGCGCUCACCCGGCAGCUGUGGAGCCUCCGCUGGAGUCUGACCCGGGACAAAGACAGCAGCCUGCCCCUGCCCAAGGGCUCCAUGGGCUGGCCUCUGGUCGGAGAGACCUUCCACUGGCUCUUCCAGGGCUCCAACUUCCACAUCUCACGUAGAGAACGCCAUGGAAACGUGUUUAAGACCCACCUCCUGGGGAAGCCCGUCAUCCGGGUGACGGGGCCUGAAAAUAUUCGUAAAAUCCUGCUGGGGGAGCACAGCCUGGUGUGCACGCAGUGGCCCCAGAGCACCCGCAUCAUCCUGGGGCCCAACACCCUGGUCAACUCCAUCGGAGACCUACACAAGAGGAAGAGGAAGAUCCUGGCUAAAGUGUUUAGCCGUGGGGCUCUGGAGUCCUACCUGCCCCGGCUGCAGGACGUUGUCAAGUGUGAAAUCGCCAAGUGGUGCUUGGAGCCCGGCUCUGUGGACGUCUACAGCGCCGCUAGGUCCCUGACGUUCCGAAUCGCCAUCAAGGUCCUGCUGGGUCUGCAGCUGGAGGAGGAGCGAAUAGUUUAUCUGGCCAAGAUCUUUGAGCAGCUCAUGAACAACCUGUUCUCACUUCCUAUAGAUGCUCCACUCAGCGGCCUACGCAAGGGGAUAAAGGCUAGAGAGAUCUUGCAUGCCAAUAUGGAGAAAAUCAUUGAGGAGAAAAUGGAGCGACAGCAAGUGGAGGAGGAAUAUCAUGACGCCUUCGACUACAUGCUAUCGAGCGCCAAGGAGCACGGCCAGCAACUCAGCAUCCAAGAGCUAAAGGAAACUGCAGUCGAGUUGAUCUUUGCUGCUCAUUCCACCACCGCCAGCGCCUCCACGUCCUUGGUGCUGCAGCUUCUGCGUCACCCAGCGGUGGUGGAACGGGCCCGAGCCGAGCUGGACGCCGAGGGCCUGGGCUACGAAGCCCACAAAAGCAACUGCCGGUCCGCCGUCACCAUGGAGACAGAGGCCGGCGCUGACUCCGAGACCACCUGUCUGCUGACCAGGGCGGGUCAUCAUCACCAGAAUCAUGACCCGGGUUUUCCGUGGUCCCAGUCUCAUGUACCGUACCUGAGUCUGGACAAACUGAGCCAGCUUCGCUACAUCGACUGUAUAGUCAAAGAGGUGCUUCGCUUCCUGCCGCCGGUCUCCGGUGGAUACAGGACCGCACUGCAGACCUUUGAACUAGAUGGCUACCAGGUCCCCAAAGGCUGGAGCGUCAUGUAUAGUAUUAGGGACACCCAUGAGACCGCUGCAGUCUUCCAGAGCCCGGAGCUGUUUGACCCGGAUCGCUUCGGUCCGGACCGCGAGGAGAGCCGGUCGGCCCGGUUCAGCUACGUGCCGUUCGGCGGUGGCGUGCGGAGCUGCGUAGGGAAGGAGCUGGCACAGAUCAUCCUAAAGACUCUGACUGUGGAGCUGAUCGGGUCAUGCAAAUGGACCCUGGCCACGGAGAACUUCCCCAAGAUGCAGACGGUCCCCAUAGUGCAUCCGGUGAACGGGCUGCACGUGCAUUUCAACUACAACUACCCACUUUAGAAGCAGAUUUGGUCUGACAGACUUUACAGAUAAACUCCUGCAAGAGGCAUUUUCAGUGCGCUGCUGGAUUUAAGUCCAUGAAAGGAUUCUCGCAAUCAUGAGUUUGGAGGAGAGCUUCUUCAGUGGUACGGUCCAAACCUAAGGAACCACUUCCAUGACGUUACUGGGGUGAGAAAAGGCAGUCGCUUUAGCCGUGACCACAGGACCAGAAUGAUCUGACUUUACAUAGAUAAAAGGUAAAAACCUGUUGGAAAUGUAAUUAGAAGCAGGAGCAUCCAAGAGCCUGGUGCUAAAAUGACAUUUUAACA